AUGCCUUUCAGGAGAACAGCAACAACCGAGCCAGCAAACUUGGCGACACUGAGGGCACCUUACUCUAUGACGAUGACUCCAACGGCUGUGCUCACGCUCCCAAGCGAGCUCGUCCAGGCAUCUUCGUCGCGACCGGAGCUGAUCACAAGAACCACUCAUGCCUUCCUCAAGCGCUGCAACACUCCAAAGUUCCUCGUCAUCAUCGCCUCUAAGCGCCACCAUGUGCGCUUCUUCUCUCAAAGCGGCGGCGACAAGAACAACGACGCUCUUCCAGGCACCCUCGUCGAGACUGAAGUCACAUAG